ACACUGAACUCUACAAUACAAAGCCAGAAGAAGCUCAUCAAGUCACAGGAGCACAAGAUUAGGGAACUGGCUGCAAGAAAAGAAAUCAAAGAGAUUGAGAUCAAGGAAGUACCACAAGCAUCUCGCGUGGUUCUGCCUGUUGGAAGUGCUAAGGAUGAUUCCAGUGGAGAUGAGUUGGAUGUAACUCUAGACCAAACUAUGAAAAAGAUUGAGGAACUAAGAAGAAACCCUGACUUCAUCAGACAAUUCCGCCCCAUCCUGGAGGAGACGUUAAUUGAGAAGCUGGAAAGCAUGGGUGUGAAAAAGGGUGCAAAAGGA